AUGUCUCUAGAAGAAGAAGAGCCUGGCCAACUGGAUCUCCUCAAACGCCACAAAGUCUACUCCUGCACAGUCUUCACAGCCGUGAUUCUCAUGACACUUGCAGCCUUUUCACUCCUGAUCUUCUACCUCGUUCUAAGUCACUGGGGUCCACGAUUCGGGGUAAUUUCAACUCUCACUAAGCUCAACAAGCUCAAUUUAGAAAAGGGUAAUCUUCUAAAUGUUAACAUCACUCUUGUUACAAAUUUUACAAACCCAAACAAGAAGGCUGCUGUGGACUUCAAACACAUAGUGGUCGAGCUUUAUUUUGGCCAAACCAUUAUAGCUACUAAAAAUGUUGAACCUGGUUUGUCUGUGGCCAAAGGUGGGACUGGGUCCGUUGAGGUUGAUAUGUUGGCUAGUAAGGUCCAGCUUUUUGAGCUUGAGAUUCAGAGACUGAAGAAUGAGAUGUUGAAAGAUAAGAUUUUGUUUGAAGUGAAAGGGAGGUUUUUGGCUCAGAGUAAGUUUUGGCGCCACCAUUUGCGUUACUCUUAUCAUAUGCAUGGUCAGUGUACUCUUACUUUCAAGAAACCACCUCUUGGGUUCUUGGUUUCUACCAAAUGUAAAACUAAAAUAUUCAGAAGUUUUUUCUAA